UCAGACAGAGUAGAGUAGAGUAGAGUAGCGUCCCAGACAAUCAAUCAGCCCUUUAAACCUCCCAGACUUAUAUAAUUAGGUCAAGCAAUUUUUCCCCCAAAUAUAAAAAUCCCUCUUUAAACCACAAUUUUCUCCUCCUCCCCCUCCCCCCAUUUUGCCGCCAUCCCUUCUUCUUCUUCUUCUCAUUCAAACUUCCCUUUGAAAACGAAAACCCCUCAAUUUCCCUUUAAUUUCUUGCAAUCAUUCACUUACAAGAAAGAGAAACCCUUUUUGGUUUAUUCUUCAAAUUUGAAAGAAAAGAAAGGGAAAAAUACUCCUUUUUCUUCAUUCCUGGUGGUCGGAAAAGUAGUCUUUGCGCCCUAGAAUUGAGAAAUUGACAUGGGUUUUUCAAAGAAGCAUCAAGUAGAAGUGGGGAAGGAAUCAGAAGGGAAGAAAUGGGUUAUAGCCGGAAUAGCGAUAAUGGCGCCGUUGAAACCCAUAUCCAGAGAGGACAGCGAAGAUGAAGACGGCUCCACAACCCCGACUGCGCGUGAAUCAAGGAUACCUGAACCUGAAAAACUCAAGUGCCCGCCGGCGCCGAGGAAGCGCCGCCCUGCUUCGACGUGCCAUUACAAUGGAGUAAGAGAGUUCUUCAAUCCUCCGGAGUUGGAAUCGGUGUUUAUAUGUCAUGCUGAGAGAGCCAAGUGAUGAGAUUGAGGUUCAAGUUUCAAGGGUUUAGGUAAUUGAAGGCCCUUUUUGCUAGUCAGUUGUAGUUUUAGGGUUUUAUGUAUAAAUACACUAGAUUUUAGUAUCAAUCUUCUACUACUCUGUCCCUCUUAUCUCAAUCAAGAUUAGUUUUUCAAUGA